AUGUCAAGCAACGUCGAAACCACGCAAACUGUACUGGCCGAAUCAAUCCCUACAUUGAAGCUUGUAGGGGGCUCUAGUGAUGAUGUUCCUCAAUGGAUAAAUGAGCUUCGGACUCGCGGUUGGACUGUAGUUCCAAAGGCCAUUCCAAAAGAGAGGGCUCUCCAUUAUGCCAAUGAAGCAUACAACUGGUUGGAGAGCUGGAACCAGGGCUACAGCCGUCAUGAUUCAUCCACUCGAACAGCAAAACACUUGCCGUAUACUCACCGCGCGGGUAUCUUUGCGAGGUAUGGCAUUGCACACGAACAAUUUGUUUGGGAUCUGAAGUCGGAGCCUGGGCUGGUGGAGAAGUUUGAGCAAAUUUGGGGCACGAAGGAGCUUUUGGUUUCCUAUGAUGGCCUGAACCUGUCUGUUCCAGAAAAUGGCCGACCAAAGACGGACCCAGCAUUUGCGCCAUGGGCACACGUUGACCAGUCGCCUUUGAGAAGCAACCUCCAGUGCAUCCAGGGCAUUUUGAAUCUUCUCCCCAACGGCCCGGAAGAUGGGGGCCUGAUGGUUUUUGAUGGUUCCAACAGGCUCUACGAAGAGCUCUGGGAGCAUUUUGACCACAAGAAAGGUGAAAAGGGUUGGAAUACGUGGGAACAGCAAUUUCUCGACGAAGAGAUGUGUGCAUGGCUUGAAUCAAAAGGCUGCAAAUGGGUCAAAGUCUGCGCUGGACCCGGCGACCUCCUCCUCUGGGAUUCAAGAUGUGUGCACUAUGGUGCCACGCCGUCGUCAACCAAUGACCGCUUUGCUGCAUAUGUUUGCUACAAGCCAACAGCUCUGGUUUCCGACCAAGCCAAAAAACAGAGGGAGGAAGCGUGGGCGCUGAAAGAAAACACCCCCCACGAUCCUGCCAUUCUCCGCAGGCUACAGCGAGACCCACCAGAGGACCACCCUACAUAUGAGCAAUACAAAGCCCGCGGACUACAAGAGCCUGUACUUUCCAAGCGUGGCAAGCAGCUUGCCGGUCUUGCGCCAUACUAG